AUGGGCGGCCAAAUCUCGAAAAUGAUGGGCAAGAUCUUCGGAUCGAAAGAAAUGCGUCUACUGAUGCUUGGGCUCGACGCUGCGGGCAAGACGACGAUUCUCUACAAGUUGAAGCUCAACCAGGAUGUGACGACGAUUCCGACAGUGGGGUUUAACGUUGAGACGGUUACGUAUAAGAAUGUCAAGUUUAAUGUAUGGGAUGUGGGGGGACAAGAUAAGAUUCGGCCGUUGUGGAGGCAUUAUUUCAGUGAGGCUGAGGGCGAGUGGGGAAUGGUAGAGAGGAGAGAGGAGAGGGGAAUGAGGAUGAGGAGUGCAAUGCUGAUUAUUGUGAUAAUAGGUACCCAAGGACUUAUCUUCGUCAUCGAUUCGAGCGACAAGGUACGCAUGGAGGAGGCAAGACAGGAAUUACACCGCAUCAUCAAUGAUCGAGAAAUGAAGGAGUCGCUGCUCCUUGUAUUUGCCAACAAGCAGGAUGUCCCAGGAGCAAUGAAACCACAAGAAGUCACAGACGCCCUCAAGCUCACCACCCUGAAAGACAAGAUUUGGUUUGUGGUACCCAGUUGCGCUACGACAGGCGAGGGGUUAUUGGAAGGACUGGCAUGGCUCUCCAACAACGUCAAAUCUCCUCCAAACGGCCAAGCAAAGAAAUAG